AUGUAUUCCUGUGACUGUGGUAAAUUUUUCACUCGUAGUGAUAAUCUUCGUCGGCAUCAGCUCCAGAGUUGCCAAGGAGGGCCUGCAGUGAAACGGGUGAGAGUGGAUAAUGCAACACCUAUGUAUACGUGCAAUUGUUGUAAUGUGACAAUUCCUAUGACCCAAGUGAAUUCUCACCGAAGAACCAUGAGUCAUAAAAAUAAUGCAUGUGUUCAAUUGUCUGACGGUGUUCAAAUUAUAACGAAUGCAUUCAAUUGCCGCAUUGCUACAUACAGGGUGGAGAGUUCGAUUGUAACCAGUGACUACAUGUCAUUUUUCAAUAAGAUUAGGCAGAAGGUCAUUGAAUUACUGGAAUCAGCCAUCAGGAUCCAUAAAAGCAUCAAGGUGAAUAUGGAAGUUUUUGGGAAUUAUAUUCUUCAGACUGAUGAUUCGAGGGACACGAAGUCAUUUAAUUCCCAAAAUAAAAUAGUGGACCAAUCUUCAGAUUUGAAUGCUGUUUUUGAUGGAUUCCGUGAUGUAAUUGUGGCUCAAACGACUGAGUUCCAGGAUCGUGACUCAGGUUGGACUUGUGAAAAAAUAUUGUUUCUCGAGGUCAACAUUAAUAAAUACAGUCCACUGGAAGGACGUUCAUAUGUGAAGCUGCCUCAAUGUAUUCAAUGGAAGAAAGCUGUUGUGAAUGUUCGUAAUGAAGAUCAAUAUUGUUUUGCUUGGGCUAUAACAUCAGCAUUAUAUCCUGCAGAUAGUCGAGUGUCCGAACUUACGUCAUAUCCACAUUUUUCCACUGUUUUAGAUGUCACAGGUAUGGAUUUUCCGGUUAAAGUUAAUAAUAAGAGUAUCGAAAUAUUCGAAGAUAGGAAUGAUAUUUCAAUUAAUGUUUACGGUCUAGAGAGUAAAUUUGAGAAGGGCAAAAUAAAGUAUGGAGUGAUUGGUCCAUUGCGAUACUCACAGAGAAGACUCCGGAGACAUGUCAAUUUGUUACUUAUAACUGAUGACACCGGUAAUGGUCACUAUUGUUGGAUCAAAGAUCUUUCAAGAUUAGUUUCUAUUCAACUAUCAUCACAUGGACACAAAAAAUAUUUUUGUGAUGGAUGUUUGAUAUAUUUUUCUAACGAGAGGUUGCUUUUACGUCAUAAGAUGUAUGAUUGUAAUCACGUUAGUACCACAACACCAAGCACCAAUUUUAAGGUCAAUAAAUAUGUAACAAGUUCAGUCUUGGGUAACUUCAAAGAUGAAUUUCCAAAUGAUCCAAUCAUGAGUUUUUAUGGUACAGGUGCUAAAGCAUAUUAUGUGAAAUCUGUUGAUGGUGAAUUUAAGAAAGCCAAAGGGGUUAAACGAUCUGUAAUAAAGAAUGAAUUGACAUGCGAAGAUUAUCAAAAAAUCGUCGAACAAGGCAAUGUUGCUCGCGAUGCCCGUCAAGCAUUCGAUGAUAAAAUUGCAGAGGCUCGGAUAAGUUUCCAUCGUAAAUUUGACAAACUUGCAAGUGAUGUAGAAAUAAAAAUGUUUGACAUAACAGCGUCUACAAUGAAAAAAUAUGAUGCUAUGUCUAAUAUAACAGCGACUACAAUGAAAAAAUAUGAUGUACUGGAACAGAGAGUUGAAGUUUUGGAGAAAAAACAUAAAGUCAGGCCAUCAGGUGAACUGGGAUAUCCAGGACUGGACAUUAAUCCAAAUGUUAGAAUAAUAGAACCAGAACCAAAACCAACAGAUGAUGUAUUAAUUGAACGAACAUGGUGA